AUGGCGAGUUCUAAGAAUUUACCUCCUGGUAAAGUUGUAAGGCAGUCAGCGUUUGCCGGUGAUAAUGCUCAGACAAACAUCAAUCAUAUGAAUAAAACCAGUGACCUCCAUGAUGAGAUUAACAUCAUGGCAAGUAAUUUUAAAAGACCUGAUUUCGUUUCACAUCUUCCACCAUUGGAUAUACCACAGCCUGCAUAUAGUACUAAACCUAAAGUAGUUCAAGAUAGCACUUGGACACAUUCAUCGCCAACUAAAGAAGAACGCCAUUUUCGCCAUGUUAGUGACUCUAUCGGAAAUAACUACAGCCCUAGAGCUAAAGUUUUAACUUCAUCGUAUGUCUACGAAGCAACUCAACCACAUAUUGCAAAUAAACGUAAGCGAACCAAGAGUUUGCCACCUAUGAAGUACUCGCAAAGUAUUUCGCUGUUGCAAUUAAAACCUUCACAUUAUAUAAGUUAUGAAGAGGCGGAUGCCACUUCUGUAUCUAACCAUGGCGCUAGUAAUGGAAAUUCGAAUUAUCGAGGUAACAACCGUGAUCAAGCAUCGCCAAAAAUGCAAUAUUUAGCAGGUACCAAUAUUGAAGAAACCUUGGCCAAUGGUAAUGAUCGUAAUAAGGCUAAACACCUAUUAGAAGGAAUUCAAGAAGAAGGAUUAUCUAAAGCCAAAGUUAGAAAUGGUAGAAAUGAAAGAAUUAAGAAUAAGAGAACUAGCUUCGCUGAUCGAAAUAUCAAGGAUAAACAAGAAAUGUCCAAUCUGAUUAUCAAUGGAAGUUUCAAUUAUGAUGAAAAGGCUGAAAUAAAUGGCAAUUCCAAACAAGACUCAGAAGUGACUGUUUUGCUCAAUACUAGUACUUCAUACGAUUUCAGCAAUCAUGUUAUUAGUAUCGAAAACAGCAAAAAUGCAUCUAAAAAUUACUCGUUAGAUAGUCAUACCGAUGCCGGUGAUUCCGCUCAUUUAGUACCCAAAUCAAUAAAUACCAAUCGUCUGGGUCGUUUUACGCCAGCCAGUAGCUUGUUUUCGAGUUCUGUAAGUUCUUUUAAUCCGUCAACGCAAUUACCAACGAGAUUAUGUUCAGCAAUGUCAGACGAGGAAGUGACCGAAGCUGAUCAACAGUUAGUUUACAAUGGGAUAAAUUAUAGCAAAGAAGAGAUAGCAUGUCUAAAUAUUGAAUUCUUACCGGCACGUUUUGUAACUGAGGGUUUAGCGCGUCCUGCAAGUCCAAUAACUGAAAUUCAGCUAGAACGUUAUCAUAAUUUAAUCUAUAAAGCCAUUCCUAAUACUGUCGUACAACCUUUGAAUCCAGAAUGGAUAGAAAAUGCGUAUCAUCUUGUACCACAACAAUUAAGAAUUAGCUACAAAGAACACGUUAAGAAAUUAACAGAGCAAAUGGAUGAAUGCUACUACCUCAGUGUUAAGAAAGCUAUAUUAGAUUAUAUUUUGCUAGAUAAACAAGAACAAAAGCGCUUAGGGAUUGCCACCAGACCCAAGCUACCCCUACCAGCUGGACGAGAAUAUUUUCCAUGGCACGAAUCCAUGUCUGAAGCAAAACAGAAUCUAGAAUCCAGUCUCUUCACUACUCAUGCGGUUACUAGAGAAUUAAUUAAUCUAUGGAUAACAAAGUACAACAAUUUCCGUCUAUUCGAUAUGGAUGACUUACGACGCAGCUUCUUCAUGACGGUAGAAAAGUUUCAUGAAUAUUUAAGCAAAUCCAGUGAGAAAGCAGUGGCUGAAUUAAAAUCAACGUGGUUACCCCAAUGUGGUACAAUUGCAGCUUCCUUUAAGGAAGAUAUUGAGAAGAGAAUGCCGAAUGAUGAGGAAGGAAGAUUAAAUAAAAUGGAUUCUUUUUUUGACUGCGUGGCUGGAUUAAUGUCUAUACAAAUUCGUAGUGCCGUCUUGCAUUCGAUCUACGAUUUAGUGGAAUUAACAGAAGAAUAUAGUAAUGGCAAUAACUACGAUGGAGAGUAUUUUCAUAGUAAUCAAACUAAAACCAUCCAUCCUAUUGUCAUUUUUACUGAUGGCAGUAUCGAAGGGCAAGACAUUAUCUUUAAGCCAACCAUAACUGAGAUUAUCGAGAAAAUUAAUAUUAUCAUCAAUAUGAUGUUAGAUAGUAUUAAAGGGAUACCAAGAGUUGAAUAUCAGUUAUUUUACCUAGAAGACGAUAAUCAAGACAUUCGUUGUAUCGAAGUUCUACGAAGUGAAGAAGAAUUAGUCCUAAUGGCCAAGCAAAGGAUAGAAGAAGUUAUUCGAAAUAAUUUGCACGGUCCAGUAAGAUAUCGAUCUGUCUAUCAACCAUAUAAUUACUUAUUGACUAAAAAAGCCAUUGAAGAUUGUGAAAUAUUUGUACAAGAAGACCAUUCACUCGAAGAAUACGUUGCUAAAAUUGAAAAAUUUCAAGACAUGAUCACAGAAAUUGGCUCAUUACCAGUUUUAGUACCGAUGCAUUUGUUCACUUUAAAUUGCGAUGGAGCGAAUAGAUUUUUGAUCAAUCAAGCGCGUAUGUUAAUUAAUACACUGGUGCAAAAUAUUGUGGAUAAAAGUCGGAAAUUUAAUCGAAAGAUAUGCAAUGACUACAACGAUAUCGUGGCUAGAAUGACUAUGAUACCAAAUAAUACUGAAGAAUUGGUCAAAUUGUCCAAUUAUACAGAUGGUUUACGUGGAGGGGCUUUACUGAAGCUUUUGGAUAAAAUUAACAUUGCUGCGGAUAAUGUUCUCUUCUUGAUGGAUUUUGCUAUUUUGCCCGAUGAAGAUAUCCAAUUGAAUAACAUUACCUUUACUUGGCCUGCCCGCAUAUUGCCGAUGAUUAGUGCCAACGAAUUACAGAUCAACGCUCGUCAUGAUCAAGCCGUUGCUCAUUUAAAUCAGUGGCUAAAAAGAUUCGAUUAUAAUACUAAGGAAUUGAUGAAAGAUGUCCAAUCAUUCGAACCGAAGGAAAGAUUGGCAGAGUCUGAGACUUAUCAUUACGAAUUAAAUGAAAUCCAAGAGAAACUUGAAGAAUUAUUCGAAGAGAAACAACAAAUUAAUAGAGAAGAAGAAUUAUUAGGAUGUGAAGUAAAAUCUACAUUUCCUAUUCUACAAGAAAUUGUCAGUAAGAAAGAUCCAUUUGACAAGUUAUGGAAAACUGUUGUGACUUAUAAUAAUAAUGCUAAAAACUGGAUGAAUGGAUCCAUGCUGAAACUAAAUGCCGAACAGUUGGAAGAACAGGUAAUGGAUUUAUGGAGGACCAGUUAUCGAUUAACGAAAGAAUUCCUACGUCAAGAUCUGCCUGGACCUUUGCGAGCAACAACUAGUAUUAAGGGUAAACUGGAUAAAUUUAAAAUCUAUAUGCCGCUAAUUCGCGCUCUUUGCAAUCCCGGAUUAAAAGAUCGGCAUUGGCAAGCAAUGAGUGAAGUUGUUGGACAAGAUAUAACGCCGAAUGACAAGACUUCCUUAAGUGAUAUGUUUAGUUUGGGAUUGGACAAAUAUGUUGAUCGCUUAACAGAGAUUAGUGUAAUUGCCAGUAGAGAAUAUGCACUAGAAAAGGCUCUGGAUAAGAUGUCUCAAGAUUGGGAAACUAUUCAUUUUACCUUUGUGCCAUAUCGAGAUACUGAAUUAAAUAUUUUAUCAUCCUUUGAUGAUAUUCAGAUUCUCCUGGAUGAUCAAAUUGUUAAGACUGUCACUAUGAAAAUGUCACCAGUAAUCGGACCAUUUGCAGGACAAGUUGAAGCAUGGGAGAAGAAAUUGAGGAGGACACAGAACAUUUUAGAUGCCUGGCUUAGGGUUCAAUCAUCUUGGAUGUAUCUUGAACCUAUCUUUAGUUCUAAAGAUAUCUGCCAGCAAAUGCCAAAGGAAGGAAUGAAGUUUAAGGCAGUAGACAGACAAUGGAAAUCCAUGAUGGAAACAAGCAUAGUUGAUACUAAAGCGAUGAUUGUUGUUUCACAACCCAAUAUGUUAGAAGAUUUGCAGGCUUCAGAGGCUUUACUGGAAGAAAUUCAGGUGGGAUUGAAUCGAUACUUGGAAGAGAAAAGACUAUUUUUCCCACGAUUCUUCUUCCUAUCCAACGAUGAAUUGCUGGAAAUUCUAUCGGAGACGAAAGACCCAUUAAGAGUACAACCACACUUGAAAAAGAUCUUUGAAGGAAUAGCUAAAUUGAAUUUUACAGAAGACACAACUAUUGUCGCGAUGAUUUCAGCUCAAGAUGAAAUUAUUGAGUUAGUUCACCAAAUAUUUCCUAAUGAUGCAAAAGGCAUGGUUGAAAAGUGGCUUCAACAAGUGGAAUUUGCUAUGAAGAAAAGUAUUAGACAAGAGAUAGAAGAUUCUUUAGCAGAUUAUUUAGAUUCUUCUCGUAAAGAAUGGAUCCUAUUAUGGCCUGGCCAAGUUGUGCUAGCUUGUAGCCAAAUAUUUUGGACCGCUGAAGUCUCGCAGGCGAUUGAAGAUAACACAAUCGAACACUAUUUGCGAAAAUGUACCAACCAAAUUAAUGACAGCGUGGAAUUAGUUCGCGGAGAACUGACAGCUAUGUCACGUACAACUUUAGGAGCCUUAAUUGUUGUUGAUGUUCACGCCCGGGAUGUGGUAGCCAAAUUGAAAGACAUGAAAGUAUCGUCAAUACGUGACUUCCACUGGAUUAGCCAAAUGAGAUAUUAUUGGGAGGAGGAGAAUGUGGUUAUAAGAAUGAUUAACACGACUAUUCCUUAUGGAUAUGAAUAUUUAGGAAAUACCGGACGAUUGGUCAUAACUCCCUUAACUGAUCGAUGCUACAGAACUUUAAUGGGCGCUUUAUCUCUUAAUCUUGGUGGUGCUCCUGAAGGGCCUGCAGGAACUGGUAAAACAGAAACAUGUAAAGAUUUAGCCAAAGCUAUUGCCAAACAGUGUGUCGUAUUUAAUUGCUCUGAUGGUCUUGAUUACAAAGCCAUGGGAAAAUUCUUUAAAGGUUUAGCGCAAGCUGGUGCUUGGGCUUGUUUCGAUGAAUUUAAUCGAAUUGAAUUAGAAGUACUCUCUGUUGUUGCCCAGCAAAUACAAAGUAUUCAGCGUGCGAUCUCUGAACAAGUCCAGACAUUUGUCUUCGAAGGAACGAAGCUAAAACUAGAUCCGUCUUGUACAAUCUUUAUUACUAUGAAUCCUGGAUAUGCUGGACGAGCUGAAUUACCAGAUAAUUUAAAGGUAUUAUUCCGUACUGUGGCUAUGAUGAUCCCAGAUUAUGCUAUGAUAGGAGAAAUUGUUCUAUAUUCAAUGGGAUUUGUAGACGCAAGAAAUUUAUCCACCAAAAUUGUGGCAACCUAUCGUUUAUGCUCUGAACAGCUUUCUUCUCAGCAUCAUUAUGAUUACGGUAUGAGAGCCGUUAAAAGUGUACUGCUUGCUGCUGGCAAUUUAAAAUUGAAACAUCCUCAAGAAUCAGAGGAUAAGUUACUGCUUCGAUCUCUUAUGGAAGUUAAUUUACCGAAGUUUUUAGUGCCAGAUAUAGUAUUGUUUGAAGGAAUUAUUAGCGAUCUUUUUCCUGGAGUCAUCUUGCAAAAUAAGGAUUAUGGUGAUCUACAAGCAGCUUUACAUGACAGUAUAAAGGAACAAAAAUUGCAGUCUAACCCUUGGUUUAUAAGAAAAAUUGUUCAAAUCUACGAGAUGAUGCUGGUAAGACAUGGAUUUAUGAUCGUAGGAGAUGCCUUAGGUGGUAAAACAUCUGCCAUUCGAGUAUUAGCACAAGCUCUGACUAAACUGUAUAACACAAAAAGUUCCUUUAAGGAGAAUGCUGUUCAAUAUCAAAUCAUAAAUCCUAAAGCAGUUACUAUGCAACAAUUAUAUGGUAGCUUUGAUCCUGUGUCCCACGAAUGGUCUGAUGGGGUACUAGCAAAGGUCUUUAGAGAACAGGCAGCUUCACUGACAGAAGACAGAAAAUGGUGCAUAUUCGAUGGACCUGUUGACGCUGUAUGGAUCGAAAAUCUUAAUACCGUGUUAGACGACAACAAAAAGCUUUGUCUGAUGAGUGGUGAAAUUAUCCAAAUGAGUCAACGGCAAAAUAUGAUAUUUGAACCUGCUAAUCUUGAACAAGCAUCACCAGCAACUGUUAGUCGAUGUGGUAUGAUCUAUAUGGAGCCUUCGCAGUUAGCUCCUGCAACUCUGGUGAAAUCAUGGAUUGAGAAUUGUUUACCUAAAACCUUAACUGAGCCUCAAGUCAAAACUGUUGAGAACAUGUUUAGUUGGUUAUUACCACCAUGUCUGGAUUACGUGCAGAAUUGUCGACAAUUUGUUAAGGUUUCAUCAAUGCAUUUGACCAUGUCUAUGCUUCAGCUCUAUGACUGUCUGGUUGAAGAAUUAAGACACGAACCUCCAAAAAAAGAUGAAUUAGAAGAAAUUAUUGAAGAAGAACAGGAAUCGAGAGAAAAUGAUGGCGUAUCUCCUACGCCCUCCAAUAUUAAUCCUUUAACUCUUGAAUCAGAUAAUAUUAAUGAGGACGGCAGACCCGAUAAUGUAGUUCGUGCAUGGUUGCAAGCUUUAUUCCAGUUCGCUUUAGUAUGGAGCCUCGGAGCGGUUAUUGAAGGAGAUAGCCGUGCAAAGUUUGAUGAAUGGUUUAAACCAUUAGCUGCUGGGACUAACAAAAACUUUCCAUUACCAAAAGAUUUGAAGAUGCCGAAAAACAUUCAAUAUCCAAACCGCGGCUCUAUUUACGAAUAUGUAUACUUAAAAUCUGAUGUUGGUGGAAUGUGGAAGAAAUGGGAACAUACCCGUGAAAAUAUUCCUAUUCCAGCAACAGCCAAUAUUCAUGAAAUUAUUGUUCCAACAAUGGAAACGAUUCGACAGGAAUUCUUCUUAAAUGAAUUCAUAAAGAAAGAAAAAUCUUUAAUGUUUAUCGGCCCUACCGGUACGGGCAAAACGGCAGUAGUUAUUAACCAUUUAAUUAACUUACCCAAGGAGAGGCGACGACGAGGUGUUUAUGGACCAACUCUAAGUAGGAAAAUGGUCGUUUUUGUCGAUGAUGUUAACAUGCCAAUGAAAGAAAAAUAUGGUGCACAGCCACCAAUAGAGUUACUUAGACAGCUUUUAGAUCAUAAGUAUUGGUUUGAUAGGAAAGAUAAUAGUAUCUUAACACCAGUGGAUUGGAUUGUAUUGGCAGCUAUGGGUCCCCCUGGUGGAGGUCGAAACAUGGUUUCAUCUCGCUUUCUACGCCAUUUUAAUAUUAUCGGAAUUGAUUCAUAUGAUGAAAUAUCAAUGCGGAGCAUUUUUCAAGCAGUAACCGAUUGGCAUUUCAACAGAGGCUUUGAAAAUAGUUUGAAAAAAUUUUCAAGGAUUGUUGUUCAUGCUACACAAAUGAUUUACCAUCUCGCUGUAUCCCACUUUCUGCCAACGCCUUCCAAGUCUCAUUAUGUUUUCAAUUUGCGCGAUUUCGCUCGCGUAAUUCAUGGAUUUCUCCUUCUAAAACCUGAAGCAUUAAAUAACUGUAGCAACCCAGCAUCGAAAAUUGUUCGUUUGUGGGUUCAUGAAGUUUAUCGCGUAUUUUAUGAUCGUUUAGUCGAUGAUAAAGAUCGUAAAUGUUUCUUCGAGCUCGUUGAGAAAUGUGUUGGAAUGCAAUUUAAACUCAAAUUUAAAGAAAUAUUUUCUCAUCUAAUUGAUAAUGGCUCUGAAUUUACUGAUGAAACUCUACGAAAAUUGUAUUUUGGUGACUAUGUUGAUGGUGGCCAAAGAGGAUACGAUGAAGUAACCGACUUUUCCGAAUUGAAGGAGACUAUGGGCCGCUUUCUGAACGAUUACAAUUCGGAGAGUAAAGCGCCCAUGGAUUUAGUUUUAUUUGGAUUCGCUAUUGAACACAUAUCGAGAGUCAGCAGGAUACUUCUACAGCCGAAAGGCCAUGCUCUGCUCGUCGGAAUUGAUGGUUGUGGUCGGCGAAGUGUGACUAGAUUGGCGGCUUUUAUCGCUUCCCAUCAAGUUUUUCAAAUAGAAGUUACGCGAAAUUAUUCAUUUCACGACUGGAGGGAUGAUAUCCGUAAAAUGUUACAGGAUGCAGCAAAAGCGGAAGAAUCUUACUUAGAAGAUAUUAAUACAUUACUGAAUACGGCUGAUAUCCCCAAUCUCUACGAUGCAGAAGAACGAGCUGAAAUUAUAGAUAAGAUGCAGAAAGUAGCGCAAGAACGCGGCGUUAAGGUUGAAGUAGCCACUCAGUCCUCUAUGUAUAAUUUAUUUAUUGAGCGUAUUCGUCAAAAUUUACAUAUUGUGAUCGCAAUGAGUCCUAUCGGCGAUACAUUCCGAAAUCGACUGAGGAUGUUUCCAUCUUUAAUAAACUGUUGUACCAUAAAUUGGUUUCAAGUAUGGCCUGAAGAUGCUUUGGAAAUGGUAGCUAAUUAUUAUUUAGAUGAUGUAGAAAUGGAUUCUAGGAUCCGAACGGAAAGUGUUAGCUUGUGUAAAUACUUUCAUGAAAGCAUUCGGGCUUUAUCGAAUAGAUACGAGGAAUCAUUGGGACGACAUAAUUAUGUCACACCGACAUCCUAUCUAGAUUUAAUACGAUUAUUUAAGACCCUUUUAGCCAGGAAAAGAUUAGAUAUCCUUACAUUAAAAAACCGUUAUUUGACUGGCUUGCAGAAACUUGACUUUGCUUCAUCUCAGAUAUCAGUAAUGCAAACUGAAUUGACCAACUUGAGGCCUGAGCUAAUUUAUACUAGUGAGGAGACGGAAAAACUGAUCGAUUAUAUAAAGGAAGAAAAGAUAACAGUAGAUGGAAAAAGAAAAGUUGUAGAAGCCGAAGAAGCGGUAGCUAAUAAAGCGGCUAUGGAAGCACAAGCUAUUAAGCAAGAUUGUGAGGAAAAACUUGCCGUAGCUUUGCCAGCGCUUAAUGCUGCUAUUUCAGCAUUAGAUACGUUAAAACAAUCAGAUAUCAGCACCAUCAAAUCUAUGCAAAAUCCACCAAAUGGUGUUAAACUUGUCAUGGAAGCUGUUUGUAUUAUGAAAGGAGUGAAAUGCGAAAGACGCCCAGACCCAGCUCAGAACAACAAGCUAGCAGAUGAUUGGUGGUAUACAUCUAAAAAAGUGAUGGGAGACUUAAAGUUUUUAGAUUCUUUGAAAGAGUUUGAUAAAGAUAAUAUUUCAGCUAAGAUUAUACAGAAGAUACGAAAUAAUUAUAUUAAUAAUCCAGAUUUCAAUCCAGAUGCUAUCAAAAAUGCAUCGACAGCCGCAGAAGGCAUGUGUCGUUGGGUUCGAGCAAUGGAAAUUUAUGAUCGUGUAGCUAAAGUAGUUGCUCCCAAGAGAGCGCGUUUAGCAUCUGCCGAGAAAGAAUUAGAAACUCAAAUGGUACAGCUAGAACAUAAGCGAGAAGAACUAAAAGUUGUUGUCGAUAAAUUGGAUUUACUGAACGACAAUUUUGAGGCAAAGAUAAAUAAAAAACAGGAUUUAGAAGACAGUAUUAAAAUGACUGGAGAGAAAUUAGUUCGAGCAGAAAAAUUAAUUAGUGGAUUAGGAGGUGAAAAAGAGAGAUGGGAACGAUGUGCCAAAGAACUUGGCUAUAAUUACUUCAAUAUAGUUGGCGAUGUAUUACUUUCCUCCGCUAUUAUUGCUUAUUUAGGCCCUUUCACGGUGCAUUUCCGCCAGGAGUGUCUUCAAACCUGGAUUGACUUAGUACGAGGUAGAGAUAUUCCGCUCUCGCGGCCAUUCUCGUUAGAAAAAGCCGUAGGAGAUCCAGUAAAAAUUCAAACUUGGCAUUUAACCGGGCUACCAGUAGACAGUUUCUCCAUCGAGAACGCUCUGAUUGUUAUGAACACACAAAGGUGGCCACUUAUGAUUGAUCCUCAAAAUCAAGCCAAUAAAUGGAUUAAAAAUCUAGAGAAACCAAAUAAUUUGCAUGUAAUUAAGUUGACGGAUUCCAAUUACAUGAGGACAUUACAAAAUUGUAUACAGUUUGGUACACCAAUUUUAUUAGAAAAUGUUGGUGAAGAACUGGAUCCAGCAUUAGAACCUCUUUUACUGAAGCUAACAUUCAAGCAGGCAUGUGCUCUAAUCUUAGUCUUGUUUAAUAAAUUAUACCUCAAUUUUCCUAAUAACAUUGACUAUAUCCGUUUAGGCGACAGUAUCAUUGAGUAUUCGCAAGAUUUUCGAUUUUAUAUAACAUCAUGCCUAAGAAAUCCACACUAUCUACCAGAAGUUGCUAUAAGGGUAAAUGUAUUAAAUUUUGUAAUUACUGCGCCUGGGUUGGAAGACCAGAUGCUAAGCAUAGUGACUGCUAAAGAAAAGCCAGUGCUAGAAGAAAAGAAAAAUGCAUUGAUUGAAGAAAGUGCUAAAAAUCGUAAACAGCUGAAAGAUAUCGAAGAUAAGAUAUUAGAAGUACUUUCGUCUUCCGAAGGAAAUAUCUUAGAAGAUGAAACUGGAGUUGAGAUCCUGUCAUCGAGUCGAGUGCUAGCUAGAGAAAUCGCUGAUAAAGAGGAAAUUACAAGUAGAACUGAAAAGGAAAUUGAUGAAGCGCGUGAAUACUUAAGACCUGUGGCUAACCACUCUGCAGUACUAUUUUUUAUUAUAUCUGACUUAGCCAACAUUGAACCCACGUAUCAAUACUCUUUAACUUGGUUUAUAAACUUAUUUAUCAGGUCUAUCCGGGACAGUCAGGGAUCAGAUGAACUAAACGAACGAAUAUCAGCAUUAAAUAAACAUUUUACAUAUAGCAACGCUUUCAACGAGGGCCAGUGGCGAUAUUUAUUGACCGGCAAUAUUUCAAUUAAUAAUCCCUAUAAAAACCCAGCAUCCGAUUGGCUGGCAGAGAAAUCAUGGUCAGACAUUGUAGGCUGCAACAACUUAUCCAACUUUGAUGGAUUUGUUGAACACUUUGAAGCCAAUACGCCAGCAUGGGAGAGCUAUUACAAUUCAAAGGAGCCUCAGUCAGAGCCAUUGCCCGAACCCUGGAAUGAAAAACUAUCAGAAUUUGAAAAACUAAUUGUACUAAGAUGCUUUAGAAAAGACAAAGUACCUCAUGCCAUUCGGGAAUAUAUUAUUAAUCACCUCGGCAAAGAAUAUGUUGAACCACCAGCAUUUGAUUUAACUAGAAGUUUCUUAGAAUCAAGUCAUAUUGUUCCUCUCAUAUUUGUUCUGUCACCUGGUGCAGAUCCAUUAAGUUUAUUACUAAAAUUUGCAGACGAUUCAGGACCGGGCAGAAAAAAUUGUCAGAGUAUUUCUCUAGGACAGGGUCAAGGUCCUGUUGCAACCUCCUUAAUUCAAAAGGCAAUGAAAGACGGUAAAUGGGUUGUUUUACAAAACUGUCAUUUAGCAGUUUCAUGGUUACCAACACUAGAGAAAAUCUGUGAGGAGGAAAUUGUAGCCGAUAAAGCUCAUGCAAACUUUAGAUUAUGGCUAACUAGUUACCCUUCUGAACACUUUCCCGUUCCAAUCCUACAACGCUGUGUUAAAAUGACUAAUGAAAUUCCAAAAGGCUUAAAAUCAAAUCUGUUUCGAUCUUACACAACGGAUCCAAUUUCAAAUCAGCAAUUUUUCAAUGGCUGUGACAAGACAAAGGAAUGGAGAAAAUUAUUAUUUGGACUAUGCUUUUUCCAUGCAUUGGUACAAGAACGACGAUCAUUCGGUCCUUUAGGAUGGAAUAUUCCGUAUGAGUUCAAUGAUUCUGACCUACACAUUAGUGUUAGACAAGCGCAGAAUUUCCUAAAUGAAUAUGAAGUUGUUCCACUGGACGCUUUAACCUACGUUAUUGGUCAAUGCAAUUAUGGUGGUCGAGUUACUGAUGAUUGGGAUCGCCGUUUAUUACUAAGUUUACUAUCGAGGUUCUUUAAUCAUCAACUUCUAGAGGAUGAGCAAUACAAAUUUUGCAAUAACGAAAUGUAUUAUUCUCCUGCAGAUAAUGAUUACAACCAUUACAUUGACUACAUCAAAUCGCUACCACUUACAGCUCAUCCAGAGGCAUACGGAUUACACGAAAAUGCCGAUAUAACACGAGAGCUAAAAGAUACACAAGAGUUAUUCACUGGUGUUUUAGCUACACAACCACGUGAGGUGGCUAAUAAAGGAAAAUCACCGCAAGAUACUGUUUAUGAUAUGUGCUCCGAUAUAUUGUCAAAUAUGUCCGAUGAAUUUUCCGUUAAAGAUAUAACGGGUCAAAUCAUAAUGUCCGCUGAAUUAGAGAGUGCAUUUGAUUGCUUAUUAGCUGGCAAGGUUCCAAAUGCUUGGAUGAAAAAAUCUUAUCCAUCUUUGAAACCAUUAGGCGGAUACAUACUAGAUUUAUUUGCUAGAUUACAAUUCUUUCAGGAAUGGGUAGCUAAUGGACAUCCUACCGUUUACUGGUUAUCAGGAUUCUACUUUACGCAGUCAUUUUUAACCGGCAUACUUCAGAAUCAUUCGCGAAAGGCAAAAAUUCCGAUAGAUUUACUAAGUUUCGACUUUCAGGUUCUUGACAAUAAAUUUGAAGCUAAAUCUAAGCCGGUGGAUGGAGUCUAUGUCUACGGAUUAUAUUUGGAGGGGGCAAGAUGGAAUAACGCUGAUAAGAUUUGGAUGAAACCGAAACUGAAAAAUUCCAUUGAUGUUAAUGGUAGAUACGAGUGCCCAGUCUAUAAGACAAGUGCAAGAAGAGGCAUUUUGUCUACAACUGGUCAUUCAACAAACUAUGUGCUAGCCAUUUACAUGCAAUCGGAUAAGCCACCUAGUCACUGGAUUGACCGCGGUGUAGCUUUACUGUGUCAAUUAGACGAUUAA